CUCAAAAUCAGAAAAUAAACAUUCGAUAAAAAAAAUUUUAAAAAAAAAAAAAAAAAAGUGUAGGCAAUUUUACUUAUUUUUAAAAAACUAUAGUUAUGCUUAUGCAUUGUGUAUUUUACAUACUGUUUACAAUAUUGGUGAUAUUGCCAAGCACAAAUGGCAGUGUGAGUUUAAGAAACAAUUGCUCAAAAAAUAUAAAUAAUGGCAGCAGUGUCGGUGUGUUAAUCAAUCAGAAUACCCGCGUAGGAAAAGAGCUAAAAAUAGCAAUGAAGAUUGCAGUUCGUGAUAUUUAUAGAAAUAGUUGUAAUCUCAUUACUCUUCAUUUUCCUGCUUCCUCUGAAAGCUUUAUGCAGACCAUUUCCUCUGCAUCCAAACUUAAAGUUGAAAUCCUGAUCGCCACAAUUUCAUUAACAGAAGCAGAAAUCUUAUCAGAAACACACAAUUUUUCGGGUACUCCUAUCAUACUCUUAAACCCCACUACAAUGCCUCCACCUUUAGGACCAUUAUCAUCCAAAUUGAUCCAAUUUUCCCACAAUUUCUCCAUUCAUAUGAACUGCCUUUCUGCCAUUAUUGGGCACUUCCAAUGGCGAAGGGUAACCCUCAUUUAUCAAAAACCCAAUCAAUUCCCAAUAGAUUCCGCCUUUUUUACCGUCCUAUCCGAUUCACUAAGAUCAGUUAACACAAUAAUAGAACAAUACAUAGAAUUCCCACCUAAAUUAUCCCAAAACACCAUUGAACAAAACCUCAAAAUACUCAAAAAUGGGAGUAACCGUGUGUUUGUACUAUUACAUUCUUCUCUAGAACUAACGACUCGUCUUUUCAAAAUGGCGAAUCGUAUGGACAUGGUACGAAAAGGGUUUAUCUGGGUAAUAUCCGAUGAGAUUGUUACAAUGCUCGAUUUUAUUGACCCGUCAAUUAUUGCUUCUAUGCAAGGUGUAAUCGGGUAUAAAACAAUGUUUAAUGACACAAGUCAAUUGUAUAAAGAUUUUGAUAUCAAAUUUAAAAGGGGUUAUUUUUCAAAGUACCCUAAAGAUUUAGGACACUACCCAAGUCCAUCUAUGUUUGGUUUAAGGGCAUAUGACCUUAUACAUGCAAUUAAAAAGGCCAAAAAUAAGUCUUCGAAAGUUAAUGAAUUGUUCCCUAAUUUGUUGUUGAGUGACUUUAAUGGUUUAAGUGGGAAUGUGAGGUUUGAAAAGGGAGAAUUAAAACAAAAACCCAUAUUUAAAAUUAUUAAUGUGGUUGGAAAAAGUUAUAAGGAGUUGGUAUUUUGGUCCCCUGAGUUGGGAUUUUUCGGUGAAGUGGGUCCCAUUUAUUGGCCUGGUGGUGUGCAAGAAGUUCCAAGAGGAUGGGAAUUGGUAAGUAGUAUGAAUACGAAGAAGCUAAGAAUAGCAGUACCAGCAUCUGGUGCUUUUCAUCUUGUGAAUGUAAGUGUUGUGGGACCUAACAAGACAUCCAUCAAUGGAUUUGUUAUUGAUGUGUUUAAUACUUCUCUUAAGUACCUUCCUUAUGAUCUUCCCUUUAAGUUGGUUCCUUUUUAUGGAAGAUAUGAUGAUAUGGUGCAUCGAAUUCAAAUGAAGGAGUUUGAUGCUGCAGUUGGUGAUAUAUUAAUACUAGAGGAAAGAUAUAAGUGGGCAGACUUCUCUCAGCCAUUUGUAAAAUCAGGAAUGAAUAUGGUUGUGACAGUAAAAGAAGACACAAAGAAGGAAAUGUGGAUAUUUACAACUGUUUUUGAAAAGAAAUUGUGGGUUUAUAUUGCAUCAAUGGGCAUCUUCAUUGGCUUUGUUGUAUGGUUAGUUGAACACCGUCACAAUCCAGACUUUGCUGCCGCUUCAACCUCCCAGCAGCUUGGCAAAGUUUUCUGGUUUUCAUUCACAUUGUUGUUCUUUGUUCAAAAAGAGUCACCAAGGAGCAACUUGUCAAAGAUAGUGCUAGCACCUUGGUAUUUCCUAGUGUUAAUGCUAACAAUAUAUUUCACAGCUGCACUGUCCUCCUUAAUGACUAUCGAUCAACUAUUACCAACUGUUAAAGAUGUUGACACUCUAAAAAAGGAGAAUGCUAUUGUUGGGUGUAACUGGAACUCUUUUGUUUGUUCUUACUUAGUUCACGUUUUACAAUUUAAGCAUGAGAACGUUAAGCAAAUCGAGGCCGUCGAAUCGUAUCCCUCUGCGUUUCAAAGAGGUGAAAUCAAGGCCGCUUUCUUUGUUACCUUUCAUGCCAAAGUUUUUUUAGCUAAGUACUGCAGGGGAUACGCUAUUGCUGGACCCACUUACAACUUUGGUGGCUUUGGCUUUGCAUUUGAGAAGGGUUCAGAACUGGGAGCAGACAUGUCAGCAGCUAUUUUAAAAGCAACAGAGAGGGGAGAAAUAGAAACACUACAAAAAAAUAUGUUCACUCAGUGCAAAUGUUCAAGUCCAAACAUAAACAACAACGGCAGCACAAGUACAAUUGGGUCUAAACCAUUUUCUGGGUUGUUCUUCAUAUGUUGUGGUGUAGCAGUAGUGGCACUUAUUGUCACUGUCCUGCCUUUAGUAGAGCAGCAUUGGAAAAUUUUAAGUGUAGUAAAGGAAGCAACUUUAAGAAGUAGGAAUUUUGCUUGGAUUUCACUGAUGAUAUUGUUCAGAAAUCGAGCCAGAUUUAAGUUGCCUAUUUUGACUGAUAGAUAAUUAAAAAUUUGAUUUUUUUUAAUAAUUAUCAUUGUGAAACUACCUAACUAUUUUUUUACCUUCCG